UAAUGGCACUAAACUAACGAUUUUAGUGAAGAUCAAUCUGGGAGCAUCUUCAGUGAGUCUCUAAAAACGUAAACACGCCGUUUUGUGUUUUGUGAUUUUUCUCUUCAAUUUUCCAAAGUUAGAAGAAACCACAGAAAAAAUGUCUGCUUCCAUGCCAAUCAACCCUAAACCCUUCCUCAACAGUUUGACCGGGAAAGCAGUGAUGGUGAAGCUCAAAUGGGGGCACGAGUACAAAGGAUACCUCGUGUCCGUGGACAGCUACAUGAACCUGCAACUGGCCAACACUGAGGAACACAUUGAUGGUCAGAAUACAGGUAAUCUCGGUGAGGUUCUCAUCCGCUGCAACAACGUCCUGUACAUCCGUGGCAUAGAUGACGACGAUGAAGAGGGUGAGAUGAGGGAUUAGAGAGCCGGACAUUCGUUUAUCAAUAAUAAAUUCUACUGUGUAAGUCUUAAAUCCUUUCUCA